AUGGGUUCUGAUACUUUCUCUGCAACAAAACCAUCACCAAUUCCAACACAAGAUCAAGAAGAACACGACUCACAAUCAUCACCUUCACUAGCUCUUCUCUCUUUCAACACCGAACAAAACGCUUCACCUUCUUCUUCUUCUUCCUCCCACAACAAAUCCCUCUUCAUCUCCCUCAUCAUCAUCACCACCAUCUCCCUCUCAGCAGCAUCAGCCUUCGCAUUUCUCUUCUUCUCAUCGUCAUCUUCUCCACCACCACCAGCAACCACUGACAACAACACCUCUCCCUUCAACAACCUAUCCCGUCCUCUCACCAAACUCAAACACCCCGUUGUCCUUCUAAUCUCUUCCGACGGUUUUCGAUUCGGUUACCAAUUCAAAACCUUCACUCCUUCUAUCACUCGUUUGAUUUCAAAUGGAACAGAAGCUGAAACAGGCUUAAUCCCUGUUUUCCCAUCCUUAACUUUCCCUAAUCAUUACUCCAUCGCUACUGGUCUCUACCCAGCUUAUCAUGGAAUCAUCAACAACCAUUUCAUAGAUCCAAUCUCCGGUGAUCAAUUCUACAUGGGCAGCCAUGACCCCAAAUGGUGGCUUGGUGAACCCAUAUGGGAAACUGUGGUAAACAAUGGGUUGAAAGCUUCUACAUAUUUCUGGCCUGGUUCUGAGGUAAACAAAGGUACAUGGAAUUGUCCUGCCAAAUAUUGUUUACAUUAUAAUGCUUCUGUUUCUUUCGAGAAUAGGGUUGAUUCUAUUUUGAAGUAUUUCGAUUUUCCGAGUCACGAAAUUCCUGAUUUUAUGACACUUUAUUUUGAGGAUCCUGAUCAUCAAGGUCAUAAAGUUGGAUCUGAUGAUCCUGAGAUUACAAAAGCUGUUUCCAGGAUUGAUAGCAUGAUAGGUAGGUUGAUUAGUGGUUUAGAACAAAGAGGAGUUUUUGAGGAUGUUACUAUUAUUAUGGUAGGUGAUCAUGGAAUGGUUGGUACUUGUGAUAAAAAGUUGAUUUUUCUUGAUGAUUUAGUUUCUUGGAUUGAUAUACCUGAAAGCUGGGUCAUUUCGCAUACGCCGGUACUCGCGAUUCGUCCGGCUUCUGGUUUUGAUUCAUCAGAUGUUGUUGCGAAGAUGAACGAAGGGUUAAGUUCGGGGAAAGUUGUGAAUGGGGAGAAUUUAAGGAUGUAUCUGAAGGAAGAUUUGCCUAGUAGGCUUCAUUAUGCGUCGAGUGAUCGGAUUCCGCCGAUUAUUGGUCUGAUUGGAGAAGGGUUUAAGGUAGAGAAAAAGAAAAAGAAGAGUCAAGAAUGCGGCGGAUCGCAUGGUUAUGACAAUUCGUUUUUCUCGAUGAGGAGUAUUUUUAUUGGACAUGGUCCUCAAUUUGCAAGAGGGAGGAAGGUACCUUCUUUUGAGAAUGUUGAAAUUUAUAAUUUGGUUACUUCUAUUCUUAAGAUAAAGGGUGCUCCUAAUAAUGGAUCUACCUCAUUUGCAGAAUCUGUUCUUUUGUCUUCUGCAUAG